CACAUUCGGAUCCAGAACUCGGGGGACUUCUACGACCUGUACGGCGGGGAGAAGUUCGCCACGCUCGCCGAGCUGGUGGAGUACUACACGCAGCAGCAGGGCGUCCUGCAGGACCGCGACGGCACCGUCAUCCACCUCAAGUACCCGCUCAACUGCUCCGACCCCACCAGCGAGAGGUGGUACCAUGGCCACAUGUCUGGAGGGCAGGCGGAGACGCUGCUGCAGGCCAAGGGCGAGCCCUGGACGUUCCUGGUGCGUGAGAGUCUCAGCCAGCCCGGAGACUUCGUGCUGUCCGUGCUCAGCGACCAGCCCAAGGCCGGCCCUGGCUCCCCACUCAGGGUCACCCACAUCAAGAUCAUGUGUGAGGGAGGACGCUACACGGUGGGCGGCUCGGAGACCUUCGACAGCCUCGCGGACCUGGUGGAGCACUUCAAGAAGACGGCCAUCGAGGAGGCCUCGGGCGCCUUUGUCUACCUGCGGCAGCCGUACUACGCCACCCGGGUGAACGCGGCCGACAUCGAGAACCGGGUCUUGGAGCUGAACAAGACGCAGGAGUCCGAGGACAAGGCCAAGGCCGGCUUCUGGGAGGAGUUUGAGAGUCUGCAGAAGCAGGAGGUGAAGAACUUGCACCAGCGGCUGGAAGGGCAGCGGCCCGAGAACAAGGGCAAGAACCGCUACAAGAACAUCCUCCCUUUUGACCACAGCCGCGUGAUCCUGCAGGGACGGGACAGCAACGUCCCCGGGUCCGACUACAUCAAUGCCAACUACGUCAAGAACCUGUUGCUCGGCCCCGACGAGAACACUAAGACCUACAUUGCCAGCCAGGGCUGCCUGGAGGCCACCGUCGGCGACUUCUGGCAGAUGGUGUGGCAGGAGAACACGCGGGUCAUCGUCAUGACCACGCGGGAAGUGGAGAAAGGUCGGAACAAAUGUGUGCCGUACUGGCCGGAGGUGGGCAUGCAGCGGGCUUACGGGCUCUACUCGGUGGCCAACUGCGAGGAGCACGACACGGCUGAGUACAAGCUGCGCACGCUCCAGGUCUCCCCGCUGGACAACGGGGACCUGGUCCGCGAGAUCUGGCAUUAUCAGUACCUGAGCUGGCCUGACCACGGGGUCCCCAGUGAGCCGGGGGGUGUCCUCAGCUUUCUCGACCAGAUCAACCAGCGGCAGGAAUGUCUGCCCCACGCGGGGCCCGUCAUUCGUGCACUGCAGGUGAGGACAGUCGCGGCCUUCCUCGCA